UGUUAUUGCGAAAACAUCUUUCUCAGUCCAGAAGAGUAAGCGAAAAUUUCAGCCAUGAUGCUCACCGUCAGUCUCGUUGCUCUAUAUGUAUUGGUGAAUUUUCCUCAACCAAGUGAGAACUGCAACACUGCGUUUAACCGCAUUUAUAAAAAAUAUAACUGUGUUUGCUCUAUACCGACCAACGAACUACCAGAAAACUGCACAGAUAUAAGAAAAGACAUAAUUGAACUGUUUAAUGCUUAUGCUAAGGAUGAACGAGAAAAGACUUACGGAUGGGUUUAUGUAGCAACCAUACCUGUAGGAUCCGUAGGAAUCCUUUUCAACUUUUUGCUGAUAUUGGUGAUCCUUUCUGAUCCCAUGAAGAUCCUUCAACGUGGAGCAUGGAUGACGAUCCUAAAUCUUUCUGUAUCUGACACAGUUGCAUGCUUAUCAAGAGUGGCAUCUUCAGUUAUCGUAAAAUGGUUCGAAAUUGAAGUUACCGACAACUCGAAAAAAUAUACAGAAUUUUUCUGGCAAUUUGGGGUAAUUAGUUCAUUUUUGUUUCUUACGCUCCUAACAGUCCAGACUUACGUGAUAAUUAAAUAUCCCAUAAGAAGCCGCCUUGCCACGACAAAAAAGAGAGUUGUGUUCAUGAUUGGAACUGUGUGGACUGUAUCGUUGGUGCUCGCCUUACUUGAAAUCAACGACAUUUCUAAAGAUAAAAGAAUGUAUUUUUGGAUUGCAAACAUCUCCGUUUUAGAGUUGGCCACAAUCAUUCAGAUAAUUAUGAAGAUAUUCAUAAUUAGAGAAAUUUUUCUUCCCCGAGACCCCUUAUUAAACAAUACCAGAAACAAGCAGCAGAAAGAGGUCGCUAAAACCAUCAUCAUAAUGAUUUUUGUUCUCAUUGUUACAGCCCUACCAUAUUUUAUUGCCAAAAAAAUCGAGUAUAUAACAAGAAUUUGUGAUGGAAAUUAUGAUUUGACAGUCAAGUUUGCUUACUACUAUGAGCCCAUUGCCAUGAUGAAUUUUGUCGUGAAUCCAAUAGUUUAUUCAUUACGUCUGAAAGAUUAUCGCAAAAGUUUAUUUUAUAUUUUCAUCUACCAUAAAAAAGCCAAUCAACUUACUCUAACCAGAGAUACCAGUAAAACUGUGUCGACGAAAGUGUAAAGUAGUUGAAGUAUUUGAUUAAUCAUUUCUUUACAUUCAGCUUUAGUUUAAGUAGUUUAAAUACUUUUUAGAGAUUUGCAAGAUAUUCGAUUUCUUUGAUUUACGUAAACGAACAAGAGUUUAAAUAAACCGUAGUCCAAAAAUAUCUGCAUUUUGUCAACAUAGCAAUAAAUUGACAACACUUUAUUUAAAAAAUGAGAUGAUUGGUCGCGGUAGCUGAGCUUAGAUAGCCCCAUGCAAAUGUGGCAAACUGAUCUGACUUCAAUCAUUAAAACCAAUUAAAGAGAAUUUGCAAAUCAA